AUGCAGCCAGAGAAGGUCGGCUGGGUUCGGAAAUUCUGCGGGAAAGGCAUUUUUAGGGAAAUCUGGAAAAUCUCUCUCUCUCUCUUCCUCCCCCUCCCUUUGUGCCAGGGGCCACAGGGUGGAAACCAGCAAUCCAUGCAGCCAGAGAAGGUCGGCUGGGUUCGGAAAUUCUGCGGGAAAGGCAUUUUUAGGGAAAUCUGGAAAAACCGCUAUGUGGUGUUGAAGGGAGAUCAGCUUUAUAUCUCAGAGAAAGAGGUAAAAGAUGAAAAAAAUGUCCAGGAAGUGUUUGACCUGAGCGAUUAUGAGAAAUGCGAAGAACUCAGGAAGUCCAAAAGCAGAAGCAAAAAGAACCACAGCAAGUUUACACUUGCACACUCCAAACAGCCUGGAAACACGGCACCGAACCUGAUCUUCCUGGCCGUCAGUCCAGAAGAGAAGGAGUCCUGGAUCAACGCCCUCAACUCCGCCAUCACCCGAGCCAAAAACCGCAUCUUAGACGAGGUGACUGUUGAGGAGGACAGCUACCUCGCCCAUCCGACCCGCGACAGGGCAAAAAUCCAGCACUCCAGACGGCCGCCGACACGGGGACACCUGAUGGCUGUGGCAUCUACCUCAACGUCGGACGGAAUGCUGACACUGGACCUCAUCCAGGAAGAAGACGCUUCUCCAGAGGACCACGGGACUUGCGAAGAGAGCUUCCGGGUAGACCUGGAUAAGUCUGUGGCGCACCUGGCUGCCGGCCGACGCCGGUCCGAUUCGGAAAACGUCAAGUCCUUGGAGAAAGGCCGGUCGGUGAGCCUGCCCCGGCGGGAGGCGAUCUCGUGGGACAAACCUGGGAAGCGCAACGACUCUUUCGACAAAGGGACCGUGUAUACCCCGCAGGUCCCCAAAAGGCUCUCGCACUCGGAAAAGAACAAAUGUAGCUCCAUGGAGGAGAUCUUGUCUCGCCGGGACUCUUCCGCCCACCGGGCCGCGCUGAGGAAGGGGCUGGAGGUGCCGUUUGCCUCGGCUGCGCCCGAGCAGCUGGCCCGGAUACAGGAACUCGUUGCACUGAAACUGGAAAAAACUCAGGAACUGCUCACGGAGGUGAAGGGCUACGGGGAAGGGAAGCGGAAGACGAAAGAUUUCGCCGCUGCCGCCACCACCACCUCGUCCUCUUCCAGGUCAGACUCUGAGAGCAUCUUGCAGGAGACGGAGCGGUUGCUGGGCGAGGCCUCCUCCACUUGGAGCCAGGCCAAGAAAGUGCUGCAGGAGAUCAAAGAGCUGAGGGACCUGUACAAACAGCUAGAACUGCAGCCGCCGGACCCUAAAUCCAAACAGGCUUCGCAGUCUCAGCACCGGAAGAGCAUGAUGUGAAGGCGAGGGGGGCGGUGAUUUCUUUUUCUGAUUAUUUACAGUGUUCGAAACAGUACAAGGUGCCUGUUCUCCUCCCAACUUGCGCCCCAAGCUCGACCCCUUCCCCAUCCCAGAUCUCCCCCCCGUGACACAAAAAGGUGUUCCAAUCAAUCAGUUUGGAUAUCUCCCCUCCCCCCCGAAAGCAUCCUUUCUCUGCAUUCUGGGGCGGCUCGUGUCAUGCCUGCAGGAUGGAAGAACCCCAAGACCUGGGCAGCUCCUGCCACGUUCGUGGAGACAUAUGCCCAGCAACAGGAGUAAAUGUUCUCCCUCUAGAUGAGCCCUGGGUUUGCAGCUUUGAGUCCAGAGCCUCCAAGUUCUGUGUCCUACGCCACGGCUCUGUGUCGCUCGCUUGGCCUAUGGUUGGGGGUUUUUUCCCCUCCCCAUCUCUUUGAAAAAAGAGUCAGCACUCAAAAGUCCCCGUUCUCCAAAAACUGUUUGGAAGACGCUCGCGAGUGACACCCGCGCCGGGGUUGGAAUUCCACGUCAGAACGAGCCGGUUCCCAGGCUGACGUGUCGGGAGAGGCCUCGGGCGUUCCUUCCUGAACUGGGCUUUUCCCUGCCGGUGGUCUUGUACUGAUCCCGAACCCUCUUUUGCAAACUCCCGUGGCAGGCAGCUGUUGUACACGUGGUACAGUCAUAUACAGCCCUCCCUAGGGAGGCACUAGGUAUGCAAUCUGUGUUAAAACUAACCCCGUCUGUCUGCCGAUGCAGACGCCCCCUGCUCUGCUGUAAUGAGAUUUAGCAAUGGCAAUGUCUUCCGUCCCGUGCAGAUGAUGACGGCCUGGAAUCUGAGGGGCAGCCAUUAUUUGUUUUCCAUUGUUCUUUCCUUCCUUAAUGCCGGCGUGGAAGGGAAAGUCGGGGGUUGGCACUGUGGGCCACAGAGAAACUGCUUGUUGGUUUAGUGGGCCUGAUUCUGCUCCCGCUCCUUAUACACAACUGUCAUGCUGUCACUGACACUGGUGUGAAGUUGGCAUCAGUCCCCCUGGAACUGAAAAGGAUCCCAGGUCAGAUCUUCAGUUAUCCUUGCCCCCGCUGAUGUCUCGCAAUUUUCUAACGAGGUGGCUCAGGUUUCAUGCAUUUAAGCAAGGGGAAAUACGCUAAGAUUUCUCGCGGGGUUUAAAGUACACACCGGCAAAUUAACAGCCGCUGUUUUUUCAAAGGAAUCAAAUUUCCUUGCCUGUGUUGCAAAGAACCCCCGAGAAUAUUAAAAACAACUGAGUUUUAAAUGUCUAAUUUCCUUUUCACUGUUUACAUUUUGUACCUCUCCCCGAUUUGAAAGGAGACUCGUUAUGUUUGCGUCUGCGUCUGGUCAGUUUCGCUCAUAUUGCCGGCUGAGGCUGUGAUGUUUGGAUUGCAACCACUGCAAGGAAUUGUUGAUCUGUGUUUUUUAAAAGCUCCCACCAGUUGGAAUUAAAUAACAUUGGUGGAAAUA